CCUUCGUACGCCGACCCUUUCAUACGCCUACAGCUGUUAACUUUAAGUGUUGUUUAAGAGCCUGCUUGAAAAUCACGCAGAUUUAUUCUUUAAAAAUGUUUAACGAAUUUAACAGUAAAAAUAGUAACAUUAACGCGCAGCAGUGAGAUUUAUAAAAUAUAAACAUCUAUUGUAGAGCACUUAAAAGUUUUACAAUUGAGAAUCCAAAUUUGUUUUACUAUAGAACAGAGAGUUUUUUCAGCAAUGAGUGAACUGCUCACGAUUUCCUGUGUGUUUCUGCUCUUCUGUGCUCCUUCAGAAUCUAUUACUUACGGGCGAGACUUCUGGUAUGAGGAGGCGAAGAUGGCACUACAGAGGCGAGUGUCGGGGAGUGUUGAUGCACGGUCCCGAAGCGCCCGGAGUGUGAUCCUGAUGGUGGGAGACGGUAUGGGUCUGGCCACUGUCACUGCAGCCAGGAUACUCAAGGGACAGCGACUGGGACAAACUGGGGAGGACACCAACCUCGCUUGGGACAAGUUCCCCGCUACAGCACUCGCAAAGACUUACAACCUGGACGGCCAAGUGGGAGAGUCCUCUGCGUGUGCAACAGCCCUCAUGUGCGGAGUCAAGGCCAACCUGGAGACGGUGGGUCUGGACGCUGGAGGAAGGUUCGACAACUGCUUCUCCAGCCUAGGCUCCAGAGUGGACUCUCUGGUCGACUGGGCCCACAAAGCUGGUAAAGCGACAGGAAUAGUGACUAACACGAGAGUAUCACAUGCUACUCCUGCGGCUCUCUACGCCCACUCAGCUAGUCGCUACUGGGAAGAUGAUAGCAAAGUGCCUGCUGACGCUCGCACUGCUUGCAAAGACAUCACUCGUCAACUUGUUGAAGAUUCCCCAGGAAAUAACAUUUCUGUAAUCCUUGGUGGAGGUCGUCGCCAUUGGUUGCCCAAGGGGACGAAAGACCCGGAGCAGGUGACAGAAGAGGGUCGACGUCUAGACGGCAGGAACUUGAUAGAAGACUGGCUGAGAGACUCUAAAAAGAGAGGGUUGAAAUCAGAAUACGUGCAAGACAAGGAGGGGUUGCAAUCUGUCGACAGGAGCUCUAUAGACAGACUACUAGGACUAUUCUCUUACUCACACAUGGAGUUUGAGGCAGACCGGGAUCCUGCGCCCUCUGGCGAUCCUUCUCUCGCGGAUAUGGCGGACGUUGCUGUUUCCAUUCUCCAAAGGAACUCCAAUGGGUUCUUCCUCUUCCUUGAGAGUGGGCGGAUAGACCACGCACACCACUACAACAACGCCUACCGGGCCCUGGACGAGACGCUGGUGCUAGAAGCGGCCCUUCUCAACAUUCUCUCUCUGGUCGACCUUACAGAGACGUUGUUUGUAGUCACGUCCGACCACUCGAACGUCAUGACCUUUGGGGGCUUAUCAACACCCAGAGGAAACCCCAUACUAGGUGCCGACACCAAAGUGUCGGAUGUGGACGGACUGCCGUACUCGACACUGCUGUACGGCACAGGGCCCGGGUACGCCCGCCCCCGCGUCGUGCCGAGUAACCAGACGAGUGUUACGGAGGAGAGAAACGUCGUUCACGCCUCAGCCGUGGCACGGCAGUGGGCUACGCACGGCGGGGAGGACGUGCCCGUAUACGCGCAGGGUCCCCUUGCCAGCGUCGUCUUCAAAGGGGUGGUGGAACAGAGCUAUAUACCACACGCGAUAGCCUACGUGCUGUGUCUAGGCGAGUACUCCAAGCGGUGCAAGACCCUCAACCAGACCUCAACCAAACAACCACAGGCCUGCAUCACUCCGGAUCUGACGGCAGGUCAGGGCAGAGGCGGCAAAGUUUUGGCCAGCAGCCAAGGCAUGCUCUCGGACUCAUCGUCUCUCGGCCCCUCUCUCUGGUCGGCCCUUAUCCUGGCUACCCACGUCUAUCUGCCCCUUACGUGACAUCUGCUGUACCACCGGUCUCGUAGAUGAUUACUUGCACGUGUC